UCGCUGAACUUUGAAUUGACAUUUGACAAGGUUGGAAUUUGGUUGGAAUCAAUUUCAAUGUGCUUGUGGCUAAUAUUUAGAACUUAGUGUAGAUUUUAUGAAAUAAAAAUGGCGAAAAGACUGCAAGAAUAUGUGAAAUAUAGCAUAAAAGAGUUGGAAUCUUAUACGAAACAAGAAGGUUCUUGUGUGCGUAAAAUAAAUUCCAAUUUACAUAUAUCAUUAGGUCCAUAUUGCCUUGCCGAUUUUAAACAUGCGCUCAGUGCUCAUAUAAUGCGACGCAAAGUUGGCUACUAUGAUGACAGUCUCGAAGGUAUUGUCUUGGACAUAAAGAAUAUUAAAGUGUUGAGCAAGUCAGCUGCCUUGCGAGCAGAUGAUCCACGUAUACAUGUUGACGUGAAUGCCGAUUGCUAUGUGUUCUGUCCAAUCGCUGGUGCGAUAUUGAGCGGUGUGGUGAAGCACAUUGGUAACCAUCAUAUCGGCGUAAUCAUUUACAGAGUUUUCAAUGUGAGCAUUAGGUUUGCAGCUAAGCUUAAUAAGGAGGAGUUUAAAAUGGAUGACACGGUGCAGUUUCGCAUAAAAAAUUUCAAUUUACAAAAUGUCUUCCCGUACAUUGAAGGUGAUCUUGUGACAGCCAGUGGCGAUAAAAUUACGCAUAAAUUUAUAAAGGUUGAACCGGAUAGUGCAGAUAGCAACAUAGAUUCCGGUGUUGAGUCGCGUGAUAAUCAAGAGCUAGACGAAUUAGUAAAUCUAAUCAAGGAAGAAAAGGAAUCGGAAGAGGAAUGCACCCCAACGAAACCAAACAAGAAAAAAGAUAAAGCUAAUUCCAGUAAAAGAAAGAGAAAAGCUAGCGAAAGUGUGGUGCUAAUUACCACACCAACUUCUAUCAAAAAGGAGCCUUCAUCGGAGAAAAAGAAACGUAAACAUGCCGAUAGUGUAGAACAAGAAAAUACUAAAACUGACAAAGCUACAGUGAAAAGUAAAACGAAGAAAAUAAAUGGUGAAUUAUUGAAUGCAACACAAAUUAAAAAGGAAGAAUUAGACGAUUCGUUUACAACGCCUACCAAAAAACGACGCAAGUCGAAAACGAAUAGUAUAUCACUUGAUAGUAGCUAGUGUUAUGCUAGUGUGGUAUUGAUUCUUCCCGAAACUCUAAAAUUAUUUGGGAAUAUUGUACUGUGGGGUAUAUUAACUGUCGCUAAUUUUAGUGUGUAAGAAGAAACAUAUUCAUGCCCGUAAGACCCAAUGGACCCGCCUGUGAAAAGUGUCCCCAAAAUUUUCAAAUGAAAAACAACAACUAGUUUUUAAUAAAAUAACAAUUGAUAUUUGAUAGAGUCUAUAGAGUGACCUAAAAUUAAUUGUUGGAUAUUUUUAAAAUAAAAAAUGAAGAAAAGUUUAUAACGCAAAUCGUUUAAAAAUAUAUACAUAAAUAACAGCAAAUUGUGCCACAACCGUGAACAUUUUUACGUUUUGCGCUAAUAUUACAGCCAACGUGCAUGUGUGCUGAAACAUGUAUAUUUGUGAGUUGACAUACUUAUUUUGUAUAAGUAUAGAGUAUAUUUAAGUUUGAAUAAGUUAAUUUGUAAAUUAGCACUAAUAAAAUGAAGAAAUUUUAAAUAUAAAAAGUUGGCAAACAAAUCUAAAUUGUACAUAAAUGUGUGCAUAAAUAUCUCUCCGCCAACUUAUUAGACAUCAUGGAAACUUUUCAAAGUUGAGAAAAAGUAAAAAAGAUAAACUCAAAACUAUUUGGGGAGGUUUCUGCAGAAAGAAAAACAUUUAUAACUUAACUUUUCCUCUCAUAGCAUACUUUUUAUUGGACUUCAAAUGUCGAAUCUGCAAAAGUUUGUUGGUUUUGUUGUAUCGGCUGAAUACUAC